GGUGAUGGUCACCAUGGCAACCGUUUGCAUGAUGACUGGUGACGACCGACGACGCGACAACUCUGUAAGCUGGUAGCGCAUGUAUUCACAUUCCGCGAUAUUUCUCUUACAGGUGAUAAAUGAGUUCGUUAAAUACGAAACAAUAUACAGCUAUUGUAAUUUUGCAAUAUAUUUUAUUGCUCUUUGAUGUUUGCGUGAAUUCGUUUGCGAGCUUUGCUAGGCAGCAUCCAACGGACCUACUAGUGCUCUACGUGAUUCAAGAUUUUUGUCUUAUCGUAGCCCUGACGUUACUCUUAGUAAACUUCUUUUCUACUUACAUUUUCCAGGCAGGUUUGAUACAACUGCUAUACACAAGAUUCCGCAUGACAUUAGUAUUAUGCAUUAUAUAUAUGAUAUUAUCCAUCAGUUUGCAUACGUGGAACAUUACUAUACAUUGGUCAGCACCACUGAAACAUUAUUGGACAAAAGAAUUUCACACUCUUUAUUCCGCACAUAGAACAGUUGCAGUGUUAUAUUAUUACUUUUACAAAAGAGCCUCUCUGAGGAUCGGUGAUCCGAGAUUUUACAAAGGUUCAGCAUGGGUACAGAAGCAGCUAAGUAUUCCAUAACUACUUGCAAAUAAAAUUCAAUACACUCAUAAAGGAUAAUUGUAACUUUGAUAAAAUAUAUACGUAAGAAUAUAUGUGUAUUUCAAACUUAUGAAGUAUCUUAAACUACUUAUACAAUAUCGUUGCAUAUGUACAAACUUGUAUGAUUACAUUACGCAGACGAAGCGACGAGAUUAAUAUACAUCCAUAUAUUUGAAUGUAUUAAUUUCUAAAUUCAUACACUAUACAAAUAUUGUACAAUUUAUAUACAUUGCGUAAAAAACUUUAUUACAAAGUAUCUUUUAUACAUAUACAUAUGUAUUUAUCUUUGAGAUCAAGAAAAGGAUGUAAUUUUAGACGUUA